UGUAACUCUGUGUAGCAGGCGGACCGUAAGGAUUACGAAAAAUGAGUUCUCCAGAUAGGAUGGAAAUAAAGAAGACAAAGUCAAAACUAGCAGAUCUGGCUAAAGAGAUUGCAUCAUGGGAAGAUGACUUGAGACGCAUUCCCUUACAUAAAGAACCAGAGAAAUCUAUUAGAAAUUCAGCUGUCAAGUUUAACAGAGAUAGCCUAGCUGACCACCACAAUCUACCCGUCUUUGCAAGGAAGGCUCGAUGGGAGCGUCUAAUGAAUGAUGGCUCACGUCACACUGAACAUGCUGUAGUUGGUGAUACAAAUAAAGCUCCUUCAUUAAUUCAACAAUCUGUGGCACCCAAAAUCCAAUCAGGUCAGGGUACUAGAGAAAAAGUCCUUACUUCUGUCACGUGUACCAAGGCUGACGUCCCCAGGGGAAGUUUAAGUCAUGCUGAGAGAGAAAGGCUUGAGCGAAUGCGAGAGCUGGCUGAAUUACGCCGAUCCCGUCGACCAGUUAUACCAACUCCUAAUUUAGGUUCAGUAUCUUCUGCAGACCCUCAUGAUUUAGAACCGGAAAAAGUUUCAUCCAGUUUUGUUUCAAGACAGGAGGAUGAUUUCUUGUUACCAUCCCCUCCAUCACCCCCGAAUAUUUCGGCAAUUGAGAACCCACUAGUUACUUCGCCCCGCGGUACUCCCUGCGACAACUGUCAGCCUGUUUUAACGGAAGUUGUAAUGUGUGAUGAUGCUACUGUCCCGCAUCCCAGUCCUCCAAAGGAUAUGGGACUUGAUGAAGCUAAUUCUUCAAGCAGCAACACUUUCAUCAGUAAUACACAAUCUCCAAAUAUUCAUAAUGUCAAUUCAACGAAUGUAAAUCAAACAGAGUUGGAAGAAGUUAUGCAAACAACCGUAUCAACAACUCCAACCAUUGCACAUCCCUAUUAUUCACGUCCUAAAAUUGGUGUUAAACGUCGAUCAUCAUUUUCGGAAAGCUCAGUUGAUACCUUCCAUCAAAUUAUUCCGAGACAAAGAUCAGUCACAUUUCAAAGGGCCACUUCUGAUAUUACAGAUGAAAGUGAAACUGACUUCAACUAUGAUGAUGAUGAAGAUUGUCCAACAUCUUCAGAGUUUUCCAGUCAAUAUGAAUAUUUACCAGAACGAGAAAAACAUGGGGAUAAAAUAACACAAAAAAUGGAUUCCGAAAGCGUUGGUGAUUCUGAGUUGUCUGAUUUUUUGGAUACUAUAAUUCCAAGUGAUGAAUUAAAUAAUGAAUUAUCCAGUUUAUCUUCACAAGAUCAAAGUAAUAAUAAAGAGAAUCAUCCUGAUCAUCGUUAUCAUCAACCAUAUUUUUCAAAAGAUGAUAGCGAUUUAUUGAUUAAUAACCGUAUAUCUCCAGUUCUACCACUAUCCGAGGCUGAACGACGUAUUCGAAGAUUGAAUGACUUACCAAAAUUGAUACAAGCAGAACGUGUAGUUAUUUUACAGGCCAGUGCAGCACUACAACAGUGUGUCAGUAUUCCUUUUCGUAAAAGUCCUGAAGACUUUGACAGAAUACGUGAAUUGGGUCCAGGUUCUCGGGUUCAUGUAGAAGCUAGCAGAACGAUGCUGAUAGCUUGUCAGCGUCGUCAAGUAUUAAUGGAAGAACUUGCAUUAUUGCAUAGAGGCUCUCCAGUUCUUGUACCACCUACACGCGGUGAUCCUAUACGUGCUCGUAUGAAACUAAACGCUAUUCGUUUAUCUCUUAAAACAUCUAAUAUACCGAAUGAUCCUACAAGUGGAGGUGGCUAUGUUGUUGUUGGUACUGGACGAGAAGCUGGUGGUUGGAAUGUUCCUACUUUAAAAUCUCGUCCUGACAAUCAAUUAGGCCAACCGACAUGUUAUCAUUUAAUUGGUAUUAUAAAAUGCCGCGGUGAAGGUCGGUUGUAUCAUAGUGAACUAGUUACCUUAAUGCAUGUGAGCGACUUACCUGUGGGAAUGUACCGACCUGCUCCUUAUGUAGAUUUGCCGGCAAAGCUAGAGAUUGUACCAGUUAGACCAGAUUUUGUAUUUCAAUUAGAAAUUUACUGUAUGCGUACUGGAACAGAUAGACCUAUGAAUAAUUGUGCAUAUGGUUCACCUCGUAUACUUGGAACAUCAUUAGUUUAUGGCGAUAAUAUUAGUAAUGAUAAUGAUAGUAUGAAUAGUUUUAAAACUCCACAGAAUAAAUUAUUACAUUUAAAGAAUUCAACAUCACCUGUUACUUCAUCAAAUCAUAAGAAAUCACGAUAUGGUCAUACUUCCAAUAUUGAAUUAACUCCUUGUGAAUCAGCAAGUCAUAUUUUAACUCAUUGUCUACCGUCAAGUUACUUUAAAACUACACCACAUAGUAAAACUUAUGAUAUUGAUCAUGGAAACAAUAAUGGACGUGACAAAAUUGCUGCUUUCUCCCUACUUUCCACUGUUGAAAUUCUUUAUCAUGAUGACUUAUUGGUUGGUUACGUUUAUCCUUCAAUGCA